AGCCUUCACACCACCUCAACCAGCGACACCAGCAUGGACAGCCUGGACUUCGAUCGCUUGUCGCUGGACACCAAGUACAUCAAAUUCGAGCGCUACUUCAAGCAGCUCAUCAAGCUCGGUCGCGAAGUCCUCGUUAGAGACCAUUCCUUUGAUACACCCGGUGUUCACAUCCUCAACGCCGAUCGAUACCUCCACCUCCGCGACAAAGUCUGCGACUGGAUCACCCACCCUGACAACGCUGCUUUAUUCACUGACCGCGACACAUAUUUUUACCUGGCUCAGAUGUCGGCUACGAUGCACACCGUUGAGAUAGCGCUGGCUCUACCACAUCAACCUAUCAACUGGCCUGGCGCUGCACCUGGACCGGAUCUCUACUGGCCUGGCAUUGGGAAGCGAGACGUCUAUCGUCAGUUCGAUCAGUUGAUUCACGACGGGCGGGAUUUGAAUACCGAGGCGAUGCCAUGGAAUCGCAGAGAGGAUGUCGAAAUGAGGGAAUGAGUGUGCGUGCGCGUGCGUGUGCGCGAGCUUUACGAUAGCGAGGAGGGAGAGAGGGGACAAGA